CGGACACCAUUGUCGUGGGCAGCUGAGUGUGGACAUUUGGAAGUGGUAAAGGCGCUUCUUGCGACUAAGAAAGUGGAUAUUAACACAAGAGAUUAUGAUGAUCAGACACCGCUUCUAUGGGCAGCUAGGAAUCGCCAUGCGAAGGUGGUCGAGAUGCUUCUUCAUAUAAAGGAAGUGGAUGCUGCUGUAAGCGAUAAAUUUGGUUGGACAGUCCUGAUGUGGGCAGCUGGUAAUGGGCAUCUUUACCUGGUCAAGAUGGUACUUGAUACUGGUGAACUAGAUGUCAAUGCGGGAGACGAUGAAGGCCGAACACCGCUAUCACGCGCAGCUGAGAAUGGAUCUGCGGAGGUCGUCAAGCUGCUCCUCAAUACUAAAGAAGUAAUUAUCGACGCAAGAGAUUGUUUUGGCUGGGUGCCGCUGACUUGGGCAGCUAAGCGUGGACAUACGAAGGUU